AAAAUAUCUUGAGAGAGUCUUAAGUAAAUAAUAAUACAUAAAGUUGUAUAAAAAACAAAUUUCAAUUCAAGUAAAAUCAAGAGAAAUAGUGACAGAGAACUCGUCGUUGAUGAUAAAUAAUCAUAAAAAUAUGGAUAAAUCUUUUAUUUUAAAUGGACCGGAAUUCGCUUUACAAUUACCGGAGGGUAUAACUAUGGGACAAUUAAUAUAUAAUAAAUUAUUAUCUCAUGGAACAAAAAUUGCAGAGAUUCAAAAUGAAACUGACGAACAAUUAAAUUUCAAACAAAUACUUGUUCAAAGUUGUAAAUUAGCUACGUAUUUGAAAAACAAUCAAGUAUCUGUAAAUGAUAGGAUAGCUAUUUGCAGUGAAAAUAACCUCAAUUUUUGUAUUCCUCUGUGUGCUUCUGCAUUUAUAGGUGCUACAAUAUGUCCAAUAAAUCCCACAUACAAAAAAAAGGAAUUCAAACAUACAUUAAAUAUUUCAAAGCCAAAGUAUAUAUUUCUUUCUCCAUUUGCGUUAAAAUCUAUAAAGCAUUUGAUAAAAGAACUUUCUUGGUCACCAACUUUAAUAUUAAUAUUUGGUGAUGCUGAUGAAAAUGUUCCUACUAUCAAAAUGUUAUUAAAAAGUAAAUCAUUAUUAAACAUUGAAACAUUUGAAGUAACUAAAGUUGAAAUUGAUAAGCAUAUAAUGGGUAUAUUAUGUUCAAGUGGUACAACUGGACUUCCAAAGGGAGUUAAGUUAACAGAAAAGAACUAUUUAAAAACAGUUCAAAAUUUAUUAAAUCCAUCUACAUUUUUUAUACAAAAGAAUCAGAUAUUAGCACAUUUAUUGCCAUUUUUUCAUACCUACUGUUUUAAUACUCUUAUUAUGGGACUUAUUAUUGGUUCCACUGCUAUUAUUUUUUCUCAUUUUGAUGAAGAGGAAUUUUUAACAACCAUAGAAAAAUAUAAAAUUGAAAUUUUAACUCUUGUUCCUCCGCUUAUGGUAUUUUUAGCUAAACAUCCCAUGGUACAAAAUUAUAAUUUAUCAUUUGUUAAAACUAUAUGGUGUGGAGCAGCUCCUUUAUCAAAUGAGAUUGAACAGGCAGUUAAAAAUCGACUGCAGAAUGCAAUAAUUAGACAAGGCUAUGGAAUGACAGAAUUAACAUUCUGUGUAUUAAUUAUUCCAUUAGAAUCUAAUAAACCUGGAAGUGCUGGAAAAUUAAUAUCUGGUAUUUCAGCUAAAAUUAUACCAGUAAAUACAAAUGGAGAAUGGUCAAAUAAAACCUUAGGUCCUAAUGAAAAGGGUGAAUUAUGUUUUAAAGGUGAUUUAGUAAUGCUAGGAUAUUGUGGUGAUGCAUCAGCAACAGCAGCAACAAUAGAUAGAGAUGGUUGGUUACACACUGGCGAUAUUGCCUACUAUGAUGAGGAUGGUUUCUUUUACAUUGUUGAUAGACUGAAAGAACUUAUAAAAUAUAAAGGUUUUCAAGUAGCACCCGCCGAAAUUGAAACUAUUCUAUUAACACAUCCAGAAAUUAAAGAUGCUGCAGUUGUCGGUUUGUUGGAUGAAACAGCUGGUGAAUUACCAUUUGCAUUUGUUGUCAAACAACAAAAUGCAAAAAUUACUACUAAUGAUGUUGUGAAAUAUAUUAAUGAUCAAGUUUCAAGACAUAAAAGGCUUCAUGGAGGAGCCAGGUUUAUAGAAAACAUUCCCAAAAAUCUCAGUGGUAAAAUACUUCGCAGAGAAUUACGCAAUUUAUUAAAUGCUAAAUUAUAAACAAAUUAGGUU